AGCAAAAGGAAGGUCAACGUUUCGCAAUGGCCGUUCAACAGAGAAAGCGAUCAAGAGAUGAGGCGGCUAAACCUGUCAAGAAGGCAGAGGAGGAGUUCCAGGUCGAGGGUUUGUUGGAUGCCGGAUCUGAUAGCGAGGAGGAUGUGAGCGAGGAUGAGGAUGCGGGGCUCGAGGCGGAGUUGGGUGAUGAGGAGACUGAUGCCGAGUACGAAGAGGAUUCUGAGGGGGAAGAUGAAGAUGAGGAGGAGGAGGAGGAAGUCGACCCCCGCCGCCUCGGCCGCGUCACAGAAGACGAAGGCGAUGAGGAGGAGCCAUCAUUGGCAGACGACGCCUCCUCCUCCGACGGUGAAUACGAACUCGGCGCAAACGGUGAACCCAGAAAGAUCUACCCCGAAUUCGACGUCGGCUACGAAACGGAUUCCUCCACCGGCUCAGUCCAGAAUACCAUCGGUAACAUCCCUCUCGACAAAUACGCCGAUUUCCCACACAUCGGAUACGACAUCAAUGGUCACCGUAUCAUGCGACCAUUGACGAAGAGUGCGUUGGAUGCGUUGUUGGAUACGAUGGAGCAUAAGCCUGGAUGGACGGGGUUGACCGAUCGCGAGACUGGAAUGGAUAAGGAGUUGAGUGAGGAGGAGUUGGCGCUCAUUCAGCGGAUCGAAAGGGGCUUGUUGCCCGAGGAGGGGUAUGAUCCGUAUGAACCCACUGUCGAGUGGUUCUCCUCCAAACUCGAAGUCAUGCCCUUGUCGUCGGCACCAGACCCAAAACGCCGUUUCGUCCGCUCCAAACACGAACUCGCCCGCGUCCAAAAGAUCGUUCGCGCGAUCCGCGAGGGCAGAAUCACACUCAAGAAGCCCACCAAAGAAGAGAAGAAGUCAGCGCUGUACGACAUCUGGGCCGACGAAACCCCUCGACCAGACCACAUCAUGCACGCCCCCGCCCCCAAAAUGCUCCCACCCGGCCACGGCGAAUCCUACAAUCCCCCCGCCGAAUACCUUCCCACCGACGCCGAACGCGAACACUACGAAUCCCUCUCUGCCGAAGACCGCCGCGACGAGGGCAAAGAAUUCCUUCCCAAGAAGUUUGGGGCACUCCGUUUGGUGCCUGGGUAUGAGAACUUUGUGGAAGAGAGGUUUGAGAGGUGUUUGGAUUUGUAUUUGGCACCGCGUGUUAGGCGGAAUAAGUUGAAUAUUGAUCCGGAGUCGCUUAUCCCUAAGCUUCCGUCACCACAGGAUUUGAGACCCUUCCCGACGAGAACUUCUACACUCUAUCUUGGACACAAGGGGCGUGUGAGGAGCGUCUCUUGCUCACCCUGUGGAUUGUGGCUCGCUACGGGUGGAGACGAUGGUACAGCACGUGUCUGGGAAGUCCUCACCGGCCGCGAGGUAUGGAGGUUCCAGGCGAGUAAGGAUGAGGCGGUGAAUGUUGUUGAGUGGUCCCCCAACCGCGAGUUCGCGCAUCUAGCGGUUGCAGCGGGUGAGGAUGUGUUUAUGUGUGUUCCCCCCGUUUACUUUUCGCGUGAGGUGGAGAGGAGGUCGAGGGAGGCUGCGACUGCCGGGUUUGCGUUGCCGCCGAAGGACUCGGUGAAGGAGAAGCCAGCGACGUGGGCCAAGCCUCACGGAGCCGCACAGGAGGACGCAGGUGUAGUCGUCAGCAUCUCGGUCAAGAAGACCGUGAAGCAGGUUUCUUGGCACAGACGCGGAGAUUACUUCUCCACCACCUCCUCCGAAGCUGCCAACUCCGCUGUCCUCAUUCACCAACUCUCAACCCACUCCUCCCAAUCCCCCUUCAAGCGCUCCAAAGGCCUCGUCCAAAAAGUCGAGUUCCACCCCAUCAAACCCAUGCUCUUCGUCGCGACACAAAAGUAUGUCAGGCUGUAUAACUUGCAGAGACAGGAGUUGGUGAAGACGUUGCAGACGGGUGUUAGGUGGAUUUCGAGUUUGGAUGUGCAUCCUGGUGGUGAGAACUUGAUUGUUGGAUCUUAUGAUCGGAGGUUGCAGUGGUUCGAUCUCGAACUUUCUUCCAAGCCAUACAAAUCUCUCAAAUACCACGCGAAAGCCGUGCGAUCCGUGCGUUAUCAUCGUUCGUUGCCGCUGUUUGCGUCGGCAUCGGACGAUGGAACGAUUCAGGUUUUCCAUGGGAAGGUGUAUAAUGAUUUGGAGAAUGCGUUGAUUGUGCCGUUGAAGGUGUUGAGGGGGCAUGAGGUUAGGGAGAGUUUGGGAGUGCUUGGGGUUGUUUGGCAUACGAGGCAGCCGUGGCUGUUUUCUGCUGGUGCGGAUGGUGUUGUGAGGAUGUGGACUGAGUAG